CUGUGCUUUACGACACUGAAUUGGGUCUCACGGUAAACAUGGCGCUACACAGUAGAGCCUGCCUGAAGGAGUGAGUCGUUGAGCUGAAGACGGUUUGUUUGUGUUGGUUUCCCCUCUCCUCCCGGUCACACAGAGUCUGAGCAGCAGCGGCUCUCGCUCCGUGCGGGUUAGGCCGGGAACAGACGGGUUAUGGCGGCGCAGCGCGGUGUCCUGUUCCAGGAGAAGGUCAGCCGGCUGCUCAGCAGCAGCAGCACGGCAGGACCGGUGCUGAAGCCCAACAAGCCGCUGGUCCUCAAGGACGAGGUGUCCAACCGCAGGGUCAAGAGAGGAGGCGCGUCGUGUGUCACCGAGAUCUCGGUCCUGAUGGCGUGCUGGAAGCAGAACAGCUUUGUGGAGAGUGUGUGCUCUGCGGAGAUGAAGGCCUUUUACAGCUGUGUGGACGAGGCAAAGGCUGCCAAGAAGAACACGUCUGAGCUGAGCGGCAUGCAGGGGGAGCGUCUCCCCCCAAAACAAGCCACCCUCCUGCUGAAGAGAUUCCCCAACCUGCGCACAGAGAUUUAGGAAACAGACUUUAAUGCAUAACUCAUACAGACCUGAAAUGUGCAGACUAAAGAGAAUGUCAUGAUGUUAAGGAGAUGCCGACGGCUGUAUGACUCAACAACAGAACUACAAAUACAUCUAUUACAUUAAUAAAGGAAGGAGCUUAAGGAGAUCUCAUCACAAACACCAGUAGUGCGUCAUGGUGCAGACUUUGUAUUCACAACACACUGUGUUUUAUGGUUUGAAAAAUAAUGUGACUUUCUCCUUGUGUCCUCAUUUUGUCUCAAUCCAAUUUAGGCAGAGUGGACUCUCUCGGGUCAGAGAUGGUAUUAUUCCAUCUGAUGCAAUUCUUCUUCUUUGGUUUCUUGGCUCCUGGCUGCAGCUUACCGUUAUCACUGCACAUUAAAAUGCCUCGUCAUUCCUGUGGUUAAAAGAUGUUCAAAUAAAAGCACCCUGUAAACACAGAUUAGCAGUAAGCAGAGCUCAGUGGGGUUGAGAUGGAUUUAUACUGUUAAUAAAAUAUUCUGACAAAUCA